AAACCAAGACUGUCAAGCCAAUAUGGAUACAACCGUUAUUGAGGUUCAAGUGCGUCUCCUUUUUAAACGCAUCCUCUCGGUAUUGGCACGCUUCUGUAUUCUUUCCAACUUUAUCGCCGAUAUCAUAUAUCUUUGCAAUGGAGACAAUUGGCUGAUGGAGCGAAAUGUAGUCAGUUUGACUUGGCGUUGUGGACGCGAGAUCGCCACCAUUUACGUUUGCACCUUAUUGGGUUUGGAAAUGGCGGGCUGUUUUUUGAUGAUAGGGGAUCGCAAUCGUCGCAGUGCCGCCUGCAUUCUAUCGCUCGUGGCGCACCUGAAGGUUGUUGCUAAUCCUGCGUUCUGGACUCUGGAUAUCUAUAUAGAUACCUGUGCGCUGGCCAGUGCUCUGCUGCUGCUGCUCGCUUUGCGAAAACCGAGAGGACAGACCCGCAUGACUUUUCUCUUUAUGGCAUAUUUAACAUACCAUCAUUUGGAUUCUUGGUACUGGCGAACCCUCAACAGAUAUCUGAUUAGAUUUCUCAUUGCCUUCAUAUUGAUUGGCUAUCGUAUGCGCCUGGCUGUAAGUCUGUUAAUUGCUUUGACGGCCCUGCACGCUUUUCAUUCUUCCGCCUGGUGGAAUGUGCCGUUCGAACAGCAUUCAGAACGGAGCUUUAAACGUUUCUACUUCUGGAACAAAAUGUCCUUACUGGGCGGUCUGUUUAUGACCGCAAUAUAUUCCAACUAUCGUUGUAUGCUCUAGAUUGCAAAUAAAUGAUCUGAAUCAUGGAAA